ACGACGAUCCCGCAUGGGCCAAAAGCUUGAAAAUCCGUCGCCUAGACGGUAGUUCACGCGGACGUCGUUUGCAUCCGUGCCGUGUACCGUCGUCGUCGUCGUCGUCGCCGUCGUUGCCGCCGUACGCGUGUUUCACAGCGUUCCGAACAAAAUAAUAUAGAAUAAUAUAUAAUAUUAUUCGUCGUAGAAGUUUCUAGGAUCGUCUCGCCAACGAAAACAUAUAGAAUCAAAAUCGGACAACGUAAACUAACUUAAAUGGGCGCAUGUAAACUCCGCCACGAGAACCUUUUUUUAGUGUAAACUCCACCAGGAAAAUAAAACAGGUGGAAAAUGCAAUCAGAAUCAAGUUCACUCCAUACUCUUACGAGACAAACCAAAAACAAAGAGCUAUGGCUGAGAGCUAUACAUCGGAUUCACAGCCAGAAAAAACGGAAUCAACCAGUCGAUUUACAAAAGACAAAUUCUGUUUCAAACAUGACAGUGGAUACAUUUGAUGGUACAGACUACAACACUAACAACACAUCACAACUUCCAAUCGAGUACACGGAGCCUGUGUUCAAAAAAGGCAGAGUUUACAAAGGCAUUUAUUGUCCGACGCUCACCAACAGUUUUCGAGAACCCAGUCUCGAGCUAUCGUACCAGAGAUACUCGCACAGACAACGGCAGAAGUCCUUAAUCAUCGUUAAUUUCGUCGACAUGACACUUAAAGCAGUCUUAGCCGGUGUGUGGCUGUUGCCGACCUACCACGAGCCGUACCACAGCCAAAGGGCUAUAUGGACGUGUCUGACAAUGUUCGCCAAUCUCACUGUGUGUCUGCUCGGGUGGUGGAAAUGCUUCGCCAACAACUACCUCCAGUGGGCAGCGGUUUUCACGUGGUGUUUCAUCAACGUACAAGGUUUCGUGUGGGAGAGUUAUGGCCAAGGAUCUAGAGAAUAUCUUGUGUGGUACGUGUUGUUCAUCGUUUUUGUUACUUAUGCUAUGCUACCGCUUCCACUGAGAUGGUGCAUACUGGCUGGUUGUUCGACCGCAUUGCUACACAUACUCAUCACGAGUUACACGAAAUCGUCGAAAGAAAAAAAUAGACUGUGCGUUGUUCGCCAGCUAACCGCAAUGAGUUUAUUGUAUGCUGCCGUCAACUUUGCCGGAAUGUAUACAAAGUACUUAACGGACCGAAGUCAACGAAAGGCGUUUUUGGAAACGCAUAGGUCCACCGAAGCCCGGUUCAAGACUCAAAAGGAAAACGAACAACAAGAAAAACUUUUACUUUCGGUUUUACCCGAUUUCGUGGCUAGGGAAAUAAUUAAAGACAUCGCUUCUGAAACGGACAAAGGGCCUUUUAUGCCAAAUCAAUUUCACCGAAUCUACAUUCAUCGCUACGAAGACGUCAGUAUUCUUUUUGCCGACAUUAAAGGUUUUACAGAAUGGGCGAGUCGUACUUGUGCUCAAGAAUUAGUCAGAGUACUGAACGAUCUAUUCGCUAAUUUCGAUAAACUAGCUGCGGAAAACCACUGUCUUCGUAUCAAGCUUUUGGGCGAUUGUUAUUAUUGUGUAUCAGGUCUUCCUCAAACUAGACAAGAUCACGCCGUGUGUUGUGUAGAAAUGGGUUUGCAUAUGAUAAACGCUAUCAAAGAAGUGAGAAAUAAAUUGAAUGUUGAUCUAAACAUGCGCAUCGGAAUACAUUCCGGGUCGGUUCUUUGUGGAGUCUUAGGACUCAGGAAGUGGCAGUUUGACGUGUGGUCUUACGACGUGACAUUGGCCAAUCACUUGGAGUCUGGCGGAAUACCUGGACGUGUUCACAUAUCUAAGGCUACUCUGGAUUGCUUAGAAGAAGCCUACGAUACGGAACCCGGUCAUGGGGAAAAUCGCGACGCUUAUUUAAGGGAUCACGGGAUUGAAACGUUCUUGAUUAAAGAACAAGAGCCAUGUCGAGGUCACCGAAAGCUACAGAAAAUUAGUUCUUCGAGACCACGUUUAUGGUCGGAUGAGAAAUUGUGUUUCAACUCCAAUGUGCAGAAACUAAUUUCACCGAAAAUUGAGGAUUAUAUCGAUGACAACAAAUGCAACGAAUGGACACCGGAAAUACCAUUUGAAAAUUUAAAUACAAGUGAUCAAGAACUAGAAAUCGAUGACGGUGAAUGUGGUACUCCUAUGACGAUCGAAGGAGACGUAGAACAUGCUGAAGAUAUUAUGGAUCACUGUAUCGAAGUCGAGAGUAAUGAAAGAAUGAGAAACGAAAACAUAGAUCGAUGGACUUUGAGGUUCAAACAACCAGAAAUCGAAACUAAAUUUUGUCAGUUACGCGAAGACAUGUUUAAAUCAAACAUGGCAUGUUGUUUUAUCAUAUGGUUGUUGGUCGUAUGUUGUCAAACGAUCAUGUUGCCCCGAUGUAUGAAACUAUUAGUCGCCUUGGCAUUCACCACCGUUGUGCUUUGCGCUGCACUGACACUUGUCAUGGCAGAAGAGUUCAUGCACUUGCCGUCCGCUUUGCAAAGGAUGUCCUCAGUAUUGGUUCAAAACCGGUUCAGGCGGACAAUGUUCAUUUGUGCUGUAGUCGGACUUAUAUGUUUUUCUUCCACUCUGAGUCUCCUGUUUACGCCCGAUGAGCACCUAAUCAGGAAGGAGAAUGACUCUAAUGGUGACGACGGCAGGAGGACGAAACGGCGGACCGAAGAAUCCAACGACUGUGUGCACCCCGAGUACUUAGUAUUCACGUGGGUCCUGUGCCUAAUAGCCUUAGCCACCACGCUCAAGCUAUAUUUCCUGGUCAAGACUUUCCUGGCGUCCAUCAUGGUGGCCGUGUACACGGGGCUCACGUCGCUGGUCUACCCGCAGGUGUUCUCGCAGACCGACACCGAACAUCGGACAAUGCCACUGUCGUCACAGAUGCUGUUGCUGUUGAUCGUGUUCCUGGUGCUGGUGGCUUAUCACGCCCGGUUGGUAGAGGUCACGUCCCGGCUGGACUUUCUGUGGAAACGGGAAGCCGAACGUGAGCUGACCGAAAUGCGCGAGACCCGGACUAACAAUCGGCAACUGUUGCGCAAUAUACUGCCCGAUCACGUCGCCCACCAUUUCUUGUCGUCCUCGCGCAGGCACACUACAGACGAACUGUACUCGCAGUCCAUCGACAAGGUUGGCGUUAUGUUCGCAAGUAUACCGAAUUUCACAGAAUUUUAUUCGGAAGACAUAAACAAAGGCAUGGAAUGCAUCAGGUUGCUGAACGAAAUUAUAGCUGACUUCGAUGAACUGUUAUCGGAAGCGAAAUUUGGUUCGAUUGAAAAAAUCAAAACCGUCGGUGCUAGCUAUAUGGCCGCGUCCGGGUUAAAUCCUAGUGUUAAGGACGGAGAAGACGAAUACGGUCACCUUUGCGCUCUUGUCGAUUUCGCAUUAGCUAUGAAACAAUGUUUACAAGAUGUCAAUGUACACUCGUUCAAUAACUUUCAGCUCAGGGUUGGAAUAAGCUGCGGUGCCCUAGUGGGCGGAGUCAUAGGAGCGCGGAAACCCGUGUACGACAUAUGGGGAAACACCGUGAACGAGGCUUCCAGGAUGGAUUCCACGGGCACUAUGGGCCGGAUACAAGUACCUGAGAGCACGGCCAAGAUCCUGAUGGACCGGGGUUACGAGACGGAGUUCCGGGGCUCGAUCGCGGUCAAGGGCAAGGGCGAGAUGAAAACGUACUUCGUGGUGGGCAAAAAGGGAGCCGUAGCGAACAGCCUGAGCCGGCAGUCCAGUCAGAUCAGCAGCUUGGCGACCGUCGUCUACGGAAUGGUGCAAGCCAGACGCCGGCAAAACACAGUAAAAAAAAGACAUUUUCAUCAUGUUGCAGGCAACAACAACCUGACGCGGACCAAGUCGCAAUACCACCGCACACACCCCGGCCGGUUGGUGAACUUUAGCAGUUUUCGCGUGUCCAACCGGCACCAACAACACCCGCAGCAACAGCAACAACAGCAACAGAACACGUGCCACGACGGUGCGAGCGCCGCGGUGGCCAGGGCCGUAGCAGCCGGCGGCAACCGCCUGCUUUCGGCGUCGGCUUUCGGCAACACGCUGCAGCAACACCGUCAGCUGCAGCAACAGAAACGCGACGCGGCAGCGCAACAGCUGCAGCUGCAAUGCGACGGCGGGACGAAGGUGGUUGCGCGAGCCGACUCCCGCAAGAGCCACCGCAAGUCAGCCGCGGCCGGCAUCUCGACCGCAGCCGCAGUCGGUACGUCGCUCAGGUACUGCAAGUCGGUGUCGCCCAUCGCCGAGAAACCGCCGGCACGCCAAAGCCCGCCCAGGUCGGCGUCCAUGAACCUCCAGCCCCGUAACUUCGCGGCGGCCGACUCGUGCCCGAGAUGAUGAUGUGACCUGUGGCAGGUGGUGGCGUGGGGGGGGAGUGAGUGACAUUAUAGUGGAACAGAGUCCGUAACAUGAUAUUAUGUUAUAAUAUUAUGUACUCGCGGGAGCGAAUGUGUAAUGGGGGUGUCCAGGGGUUGCUAAAAUACUUGUACACUAUAUUGAAAUGUCGGUUUAAAUAUUGUAUUAUAGCUCUAAAAUCACAUUAAGUUUACCUACCUAUGUAUAAGAAAAAUCGAUUUUGCGUGUAAACGUGUUUUUGUACAACCUAUACCCAACUAAAUAUACCUACAAAAAUUAAUUGGAGCACAGCGCCCUCUCGAAUCCAAACGCUUGUCGUUUGUGAAUGAGGGGGGUUUUUAAUACAUGUAUGCGUAUACCUGUGGGAAUUCAUUCGAAAUGAUCUAAUGGGUCACAUGUUUGAGUGAAAUAGUCUCAUAUACCUAGUAAAUUUAUCUUCUUGUACAUAUAAAUAAAAUGUAUAUAUAAAUUAAAUAUUUUGAAAUACUCAUAGUACCAUUGAAGGAUUCUAAACCAAAGUAUCUGAGAACGGAAUAUCCACGGCUAACAUACAAUUCCAGAAAAAAAGUCUCGGUAAAAAAAGUUCUGGAUAAAAAGUCAAUACCUACAUUAAUAUCAAUGUACGUAGUACAUAUACAUAAUUAUAGUACCUAGUUUAUAACCCAUUGUACAAAUAAAAAAAUAUCUGUAAUAUUAUAAUACAGUCAAUAGGUAACUUAUAAAAUUAGAGAAUAUUCAUAUUUUUUAUGUAAAUUCAUUGUAAAAAGUAAUAGGUACCUAUAAUACCUACCUAUACGCUGAAUACAGUCAAUAUAGCAACAAUAUUAUAAUUAAAAAUCAUGUUAUCACACUUUUUUCUUUUAAUAUUAUGAUUUAUUGCUCUAUAAUACACCGGAUUUUGUUCAGUUAUAUUUUAAAUUUGUUGAGUAUAGCCAAUAUAGGCACAUUUUGUAAUCGUUUUUCUACGGUAAGUGUAUAAAUUUUUCCUAGCUUUAUUCUGCUACUCGACUCUCCUACAGCGUCUAAAGCCAAUUUUACUUCGUUCGCAGAAAUUAAGAUUUUCAUUUUCCUAAUUAAUUUCUAAAUAGUUAUUGAAUCUUGGAUGCCUAUUUGUUCACAGACCUUUGCUGCUAACCGGUUAUUUCACCUUCCAGUCACAUUUUUAUUGUUCAAUGGCCCCCUACUAUAGAAUAGACGUCUAAACAUUCCACGAGGAAGGUAAAAAUAUAUAGAUGGAACUUUGUUUACCAAAUAUUGUUUUAGGACUUUUUACACGAAUUUUUUUCUCGCAGACCUCAAAUAAUACGGACACGACAAUUUAUGGACGAAAUAUCUAAAUUAUUGAAAAAUUUAUAAAAAUUAAAUGUCAAACAUUAAUUGCGCCUAUGGUGAUUAAAUAUAAAACUAACUCAAUA